AUGGCGGCCCAAGCACCUAUCGUGGUGCAGGAGCGCCUUAGCCUCCCCUCCAUCGGGGUGGGCCAGGAGUUCAUCAACUUCAAGUCCAUCACCAUGGAGUCAGACAAGUACAUCUGCGUGCGCGAGGCGGGCGCGCAAAACCAGGUCGUCAUCGUCGACAUGGCGUCCCCCAUGACCCCCGCGCGGCGCCAGAUCACCGCGGACUCCGCGAUCAUGUGCCCCGACAAGAAGGUAAUCGCGCUCAAGGCCACCACGCCCGGCGUGGCGGGCGACGCGCUGCAGUGCUUCAACCUGGACACCAAGACAAAGCUCAAGGCCUACCAGAUGCCCGAGAGCGUGGAGUUCUGGAAGUGGACCAGCCCCACGCAGCUGGGGCUGGUCACCACCACCAGCGUCUACCACUGGGACAUCACGCAGUGCUGGCGGUGGCUGCGGGCUUCCGCUGUGGUAGCGGCUGACCCCACGCCGAGCAUGCUGGUGGUGGAGCAGCAGCGACUAGCGGCGGCAGUGUUGGCAACAGCAGCCGGCUCACUUCAGCGGCAGCAGCAGCAGCAGCAGCAGCAGCAGCAGCAGCAGCAGCAGCCGCAGCAGCAGCAGCAGCAGUGGGCUACUGCGGUGGACGCCCCGCCGGUCAAGGUGUUUGACCGCACCCCGAACCUGGCGGGCGCCCAGAUCAUCAGCUACCGCGUCAGCGCCGACGGCAAGUGGUGUGUGCUGAUCGGCAUCACCCCGGGCCUGCCUGAGAGGCCGGCGCUGGCACGCGGCGUGAUGCAGCUGUACUCUGUGGAGCAGGCCAAGAGCCAGCCCCUGGAGGCGCAUGCGGCGGCGUUCUCGAGCGUGAAGUUCACGGGGCGCGACCUGCCCAGCAACGUGAUCAGCUUUGCCCAGAAGACGCUGAAGGACGGGCAGGUCCUGUCCAAGCUCCACGUCAUUGAGCUGGGCAACGCGCCAGGCGGCGCCGUGAAGCGCAACGCGGAGCUGUUCUUCCCGGCCGAGUUCGCAGACGACUUCCCAGUCAGCCUCCAGAUCAGCGAGCGCUUCGGCCUGGUGUACGUGGUCACCAAGCUGGGCCUGCUGUUUGUGUACGACCUGGAGACCGCCACGGCGGUGUACCGCAACCGCAUCAGCCCCGACCCCAUCUUCCUCGCGUCGGCCUCGGACACGACCGGCGGCAUUUUUGCCGUCAACAGGCGUGGGCAGGUGCUGCUGGCGACUGUGAACGAGGCGACCAUGGUGCCGUUUGUGUCGCAGCAGCUGAACAACCUGGACCUCGCGCUCGCCAUGGCGCGGCGCGGCAACCUGCCGGGCGCGGAGGGUCUGGUGGCGCAGCAGUUUGAGCGGCAGUUCAGCGUAGGGCAGUACAAGGAGGCGGCGGAGGUUGCGGCGGAGUCGCCGCAGGGCAUCCUGCGCACCAAGGAGGUCGUGGAGCGGCUCAAGUCCGUUCCGCCCACCCCCGGGCAGAAGCCGCCCAUCCUGGUGUACCUGGGGGUGCUGCUGCAGCGCGGCAAGCUCAACGCCCUGGAGAGCGCUGAGCUGGCCAGGCUGGUUCUGGCCCAGAACAAGCGUGAGCUGCUCACCAACUGGUGGAACGAGGGCAAGCUGGAGGCCAGCGAGGAGCUGGGGGACCUGGUGUCGGCCGCAGGGGACAAGGACAUGGCGCUCAAGAUAUUCCAGCUCAGCGGGGCCAGCGGCAAGGUCAUUGUGUCCCUGGCUGAGAAGGGCGACAUGGGGGCACUGAUGGCGUACACGGGCCAGAGCGGCACCAGCCUCAACUACAUGCAGCUGCUGCAGCAGCUGAUGAUGAACAACCCCAACGGCGCAGUAUCGCUCGCCAAGAUGGUGGCCAAACAGACGCCUCCCCCCGUGGGCUGCGAGACCAACACCAUCGCGGACCUCUUCCUGCAGCGCAACAUGGUGCGGGAGGCCACGGCCUUCCUGCUGGACGCACUGGCGGAUCCAGUCACCGUUGCUGGCUCGCAGCACACUUCUCUUGUUCUUUAUGGCACUGUGCAUGUCCGCUGA